AUGAAGGACGUCUCAAACGCAACCAGGGCUUCGCGCCCUUCCGCUUAUCCCAAGAAGAAGCCGUCUCCCUACGGCGUCUCCAAGUCUUCUAGGCGACAAAGCCCCCUCUAUCCCCCUCAUUCUCUUGUCCGGAAGACCCCACGCGCUGCGAAAGCGGAGUUAAUCGCGCAGCGUCAGAGGCAUUUGCAGAUCAGCGCUCUCAGGCGGGAAGGGAUUUACCUGGAGGAGGAGUAUCAUGAAGAGAUUCGAGCGUAUAUGCACGAGAUGGAGCGCUUGACGAUGUGCUCAAUCUCGUCCAUGGAUCAGCAACCGGAGAUUCGGUGGCACAUGCGCCCGUGUCUCGUUGACUUCCUCGUCGAACUUCACUUCAUGUUCCGCCUCCGCCCCGAGACCCUCUACCUGACGCUGAACAUUAUCGACCGCUACGUCUCGAAGCGUGUUGUAUAUGUGAAGCAUUACCAGCUUGUCGGCUGUGCAGCCCUCUGGAUCGCUGCCAAGUUUGAGGAUGCGAAGGAGCGCGUACCUACCGUACAUGACCUGGCGCAGAUGUGCCAGGAGACAUACGACGAAUCCGCGUUCAUCCAGAUGGAGGGGCAUGUCCUCUCGACUAUCCAGUGGGCACUUGGACACCCUACCGCGGAGUCGUGGUUACGUAUCUUCUGCUGCGGCCCCAUCAUGGAAGAGCAGAAGGUUCAGCACGUUGCUCGGUUCCUCAUGGAGAUCACUCUCUUCUACCGCGAAUUUGUGCAGUACCCCUCAUCCGCCAUCGCCUUCGGUGCCCUGACGCUUGCUCGGUACCUCUGCGGAAAGGGCCGUCGUCUCUUCGAGGAGACAGAGGAGUGUCUGGAGAUCGUGGACCACUUGGACAACCGGCUGGCGAAGCACGCCAACGAGCUUUCGGAGACUUUGGUCAAGAAGUACUCUUAUGCCUUCUAUUCGAAGGCUGCGACCUUCACCCUCCAGUUCUACCUCCAAGGUGGCCGAUUCCAGCGUCAGCCCCUUGUGACGCUGCCUAUGACGCCUGUGCGUACCUAUUCUUCAAAGGUCUGCACCCCAAUGAGCGUUUCCACGACGGCUUCCGACUUCUCGGACGACAUGCCGGCGACCCCCACGAGUCCUAUACUGUCCAGCGACGCUUUCUCUGGCUCGUACAUGUCGGACGACAAGGAGAACUUGCCCUCGCCGAAGUUCGAGCCUGUACUCAACAAGCAGCUCAUCGAGCAAGUACCGGAGCAGUUCCUGCCCCACGACUUCGUCACCUACCAGAGGCAAGCGCUGCACAAUCUCAACGUGUCGUCCCCGCGCCCCGCAAUGGUCUCGUAG